AUGGCGUCGCAAAUUCAAAAAUUCAACGUAAUUUCAAACCAAAUUAACGAAAAUCAAAAAUCUGUCAGUGAAAAAGUGAAUGAGUUUUAUGAAAUGAAUAAAAACCUUGAAAUUAAGACAGACUCACUAAUUGACUCAGUAAAUGCUGAAAUAAACGGAAUUCCUAGCUUAAUGCAGCAGAAAUUCACUGAUCUUAAUCAAGAAAUGGAGAACAGAGUUAUUGAUAUUAAGAAUUUGAUCGAAAAUCAAUCGAAUUCAAGUGUUUUGAAUAAUUAUGAAGAAAAAUUCCAAAAAAUCCAAGAAGAAAUCAAUAAUUUAAUGGACUCUCAGAGCAAAAACAUCAUCAAGCAGAAAGAUAUUGAUCAAUAUGAGUCAAAUCUCUCUAAUUUUGCAAAAGAAGCAAAUUCGAAGAUUUCUGAACUGAAAAGCUCAUUAAGUCAAGGUAGAUCAAAGCAAAACUCUCAGUUUGAUGCAAACUUUGCCAAUGAAAUUGUUAAUAGAACAAAAGCUUUGGAAGAAUUUUCUGAUUUCUUAAAGAAAUCGGCCACUGACAUCAGAAACAGUUCAUUUUCUGAGUUGCAGACAAAUUCAUUUAAUUUGGCAUCAAAUCUCCGCAAAUUCACUUCUGGUGAAAAUAUUCUUGAUGUAGACAAGAUUAUUUCUGACAAUGAAGUGCUUUCUCUUGAAGCCCUUAAGUCAGAGAACUUUCCAAGGGUUUCUUAUUAUUCUGGAGUUGUAAAUUCAAGAGAUCCUUUGAUUCCCGAAGAAGAUUACAGAACUAUAACUCAGAAGCAGCCAAAACUUGAAGAAUAUGCUUCUCGUAUUAAUGAAAUCAAAGUAAAACUCAAAAAUUGUAAAAAACAACAAAUUGAUUUGCUAUCAAAAUAUGAUUAUAGAGAAUCUGUAGCAAGAGGUGCAAAAUCAUCGAUUCCUUUGUUAUCUCAGAGAGUUAGGCAAGCAUUAUCCUCAAUUCAUAAAUAA